AUGUCCUACUAUUUUGCCAUCAUUGGCACGAAAGACAAUCCUCUGUUCGAAUAUGAGUUUGGAACUGCCAAGCAGGGUGGAGAUGGCAUCGCGCGAUUCGCGGAGCAAGCCCGACAUAUGAACCAGUUCAUCGUGCACAGCAGCUUGGACAUUGUGGAGGAGGUGCAGUGGGGAAACGGGCAGAUGUACCUGAAGUGCAUCGACCGAUUCUACAACAACUACGUAUCCUGCUUCAUGACAGGCGGAAACGUCAAAUUCCUCCUUCUACACUCACCGUCCCAACCUGCCACGACCAACACAAGCCGGGCCAGCACAUCGAUAGGUGCCAAUCCAACAUCACCUCAAACGGAGGAGGCAAUCAAGCAGUUCUUCACUGAGGUGUACGAGAACUGGGUAAAGACAAUCAUGAACCCUUUCUACAACGUCAACGCGGAGGUCAGGAGUCCGGUAUUUAGGAGUCGGGUUGCUGCCGCGGGGAAGAAAUAUUUAUGA